CACCCACCUCACCCACCUCGCCAUUCUUCUUGUACUUCUUCUCAGCGGAUCUGGCCCGUUUUACUUGAUCGGACUUCUGCUUCCUGGCAACCUUGGCAGCCUGUCUCUCGGCCUCCCUCUGAAGCUUGACCUCCAUCGGCGGAUGUUGCUCUCGCUUGUGACGCAGAAGAUCGUGGUUGCGUUUGUAACGCUUAACUUCCAUGGGCGGAGCGACGGCGCCAGGCCAGGCUGGCGGAGGUGCUGGACGGGGGACCACUCCAUCGUACGAGCAGAUAUCGCACCAGUAGGGCUUUUCCUCUCGGUGAGAGACCAUGUGCGACUUGAGGAGUCCCAACGAGGCAAAGGAACGUGUGCAUGAAGG